GCCAAACAAAGCCUACCGCCCAACACCAGCUUGGCAUCUACACGCCUUAUCUUCUCCUUCCUCUUUUCAUCAUCCUCUUCAUUCCUCACUUCUUCCGUCCCAAAAGCAAUACAGGGCAUGGCAUCCUCCAUUUCUCUCCAAACAACUCUCCCUCUAUCCUCUGCGCGGUUCCGCUCCAAGCCACGCUCCGCUCCCACUUCUCCAAUCCCAUUUCCCCUCUCCCCACACUCCUCAUCUCCUCUCUCCCUCUCAUCUUCUUCCACCAUGCCUCCUUCUCCUUUACUCCGCCGUCUCCAACUCUCCGCCGCUGCGGAAGACCUAAAAGCUCCCUCCCCUUCCACCGACUCCGCAAUCCAGGAGCAAGCAGAGGUGAAGAAGGAGAAGCUCAAGGUUGUGGUGAAGACGGUGGAAAAACCGAGACUUGUGCUCAAAUUCAUAUGGAUGGAGAAGAACAUUGGGCUGGCGCUGGACCAGAUGAUACCCGGCCAUGGAAGCGUGCCGUUGAGUCCGUAUUACUUCUGGCCAAGGAAGGACGCGUGGGAGGAGCUCAAGACUAAGCUGGAGGAGAAGCCGUGGAUUUCGCAGAAACGCAUGAUCAUACUUCUUAACCAGGCUACGGAUAUCAUCAAUCUCUGGCAGCAGGCUGGAGGUAACCUAUGAUCUGAUAAGGUGCAAUGAUUUGACUCUCCGUUGUUUAAUGUAUGUUUAGUGUACUUUGUUUGGAGAGUUUCAUCUUGUAUGUAUACUGUUCGAUAAAAUGCUCCAGUCAGGAUGCCGCUUUUGUUUUUCUCGUCUUGUUUGAAAUUUUGCCUUUUUGUCUU